AUGGUUACAACUACAUGGCUUUUAUGUCGAGUAGCUCUGGGAAAAUGUCACAAAAUAAAUUCGUGGAAUUGCUCGUGGGGUGAAGAGAUGCCCAAAGGCUACGAUUCCUUACAUGUUGUUGGUCAAAAACAUCCAUUAUCAUCGAUUACGGAAAAUGGUGUUGUGAUGCAUCUGCAGGACUUCGUCGACCGCUAUCAUCGGAGAGGUUAUGACAUUGGAGUUUUCUGA